UUUUAGUUGGCCGAUAGUCGGGCACCUCGCCGAGAAGCAUUGCGUUUAAUGGGAGUGCGCACACAUAACGAUAGUUGUUCCAACAGUCGGCGAGCAGUUGGGCUCUACCUCUGCCCGCCGAUCCAACUGUUCGUGAUAACUAGGGACCGGAUUUUAAUGGAAAUGCAUAUUUCCUUCUUGCUACCAGAAAUGAUAACGCCGGUGUACAUGAGCUGUUAUGGGAGUGCGCACACAUACAACUGGAAAUCGGGCACGAUUUGACCUUCAGUCAACAAACUGUAUCUUUUCCUGCCUGUCUUCGCGCUCGCUCUAGUUCCUCUAGUUGCAACAUGUGGGAUCAAAGCAUCGAAAAGCUUAUAGAAGAAGUGGAGAAAAGGCCAGCUCUUUAUUUAAAAUCGCAUAAAGAAUAUUCUGAUAUUAAUUAUAAGAAGUUGUGGGAAGAGGUGUGUACCGCUUUGAUUGAAAACUGGAAUGGUUUUACUCCUGAAGAGAAAAAAACUGAAGGAGCUAUUAUCCAGAAACGUUGGAGUAACUUGCGUACAUGUUUUAGUAGAGAGCUAAAAUCCCAAAAACAAACAAAAUCUGGUCAAGGAGCAGUCACACGUCGCAAGUAUAUUUACUUUGACAGACUACUUUUCCUCAUUCCUGACAUUGAGCAAAGGAGAACGGAGUCUAAUGUCGGCCCUCGAGAAGAUGAAACAGAAAAUAUUUCAGACUGUGAUAUUGCUGACGAGGGAACACCACGCCAUCCCAUGUUAUCAUCAUUACCGGCAAAGAAAAGGAGGCUGAAAAAGAAUGAAACAUAUGAGGAACAGCUUCUACAAAUAUUGAAAGAGAAGACAACUGCAACGUUUGUAGAUGAAGAUACAAGUUUCGCACUGUCCUUGGUGCCAACAUUAAGGUUUUUACCCGAGGCAAAUAAAUUACAGGCCAGGACUGAAAUUUUAAUACCUUACAAAAGUUUAAAUUUCAGUCUGCUACCAGCAUGUUCCAUCAAAAUCUGCGGGGGAAUCCCGUUACUGUGUUUCAUUCAGCACCAUCUCCAUCCAUAUACCACUCCCGUAACGAGCAGUAUCACCCUAUUCCUACUCACGUUCAUUCAAACCCACGGCCCAUCACUUCUCACCAAAUGAGCUUUCCUCCUUUCCAGCAGUUUUGUCACUCAAACACUGCAUUUCCUCCAAAUAUGCCACAAGUUAAUCAAAUAAUCAAUGAUCCUUCAUCAUCCACAAGCAUGCAAAAUGAGCCCGCAGUUUCACCUGCUAGUGUUGCUUCCGAUCCGUCAAUGAGCUCUUUCAUCUCUGAAUCUACUGUUUCAGAUAUUUUAGAUCUGGACUAAUGAAUUGUUCUGUUUCUAUGUUGCUUAAAGGCUUGUAGAAUGAAAACAAACCCAAGUUUAAACGAAAAGUUCUAUGAGACUGAAUAUGUAUUACGUACCUUUAGUUUUCUGCCAGUUAUUGACUUAUUCUCUUCACUUUUAAGUCCAAUAAUAAAUGAUAUUGCUUCAAGUCAAUUAAAAGGAGAAAUAAAAUAAAAAACGUUUCUUCUAUAAUCACAUUAUUAUUUACAAUUAUAGUGCUAUAAUUAAUGUAUCCCUAUGUCAAUUGAAACUAAUAAAAAUACAAUAAAAACAACAAUGAUGAUUAUUAUAAUAAUAAAAGUAUUCUUAUUCCCUUACCUUAGUGUUACAAUCAGUCUUUCUUCAGGUGGUACAGCCAAUCUCCAUCUUGUAUUCUUGUACAAGAUACGAGGUUUCAGAAGAAGCAACAAUUCAUCAAAACUAUCAACACUCAUUCUGCAAUAAUUGAAAAAUUUUGAUGGAUAUUGUCUCAGUUCAUGGUACAGUGUGCAAAAUUUUCCUUUUAACAGACGUUCGCUAUAAAUGGGGUGAACCCAAUAGUCCCGCUUCCUUUUUUCCUGAAUCUUAACAAUAAUGCACUUACUGCUGCUGUACCAUACACAUCCAUGCUGCGACGGCUGCGACCGCUGCGACUGACUGACUGCUCAUUGGCAUAGUUGUGGACAACUCGAAAUUGCAUGUGUGCGCACGUCCCUCAGCAAUCGUUGGGCCUGCACGAUCGUGCACAACUAUCGGCCAACUAAAAAUUGCAUGUGUGCGCUAGGCCUUAGUUGCAGAGCUUCGCGAAGUUCGCAAAAGAUUCGCGGUCACAUUAUCAUUUUAUUAGUCACUGUGCAAAAAGACUGUGUAUUUUGUAGCAGGCAAAGGUUACUAAAGAUGUUUACUGAAGUUGUAUUAUGAAACCCUGUGACAAAAAUCUUUUGUGAUCGACGGGUUGGAAUUAAGUGCAACU